AUUCGUUUACCCAACUAAUUCAGCAACCAUGGCGCUAUCACACGUACAGUUCAAAAGAAGCUACGCAAAUCCGCUCAAAAGCACAUGUGGGCUUCACUCAGUAGCAGUGGAUUGAGAAUUCUGCGCUGCCGCGUUGUUUAUCUGCCAAACCCGCUUCCGAUUAGCCCUCUUCCUCUGGUACGUUCCGGGUUUCGAAUCCGAAUUUUGAUGGACAGUUUCAAAAAAAAUGCUUCUUUCACUGCUUCCUCUGGUUCCAGCAGAAGAGGGCUGGAGAAGAAUGAUAAUCGGGAAAGAUUAAGAGGCCGUGGCGGUGGCUCUUGCAAAGAUAAGAUUGAUGCUCUUGGCAGACUGCUAACGCGUAUACUGCGACACAUGGCUUCUGAGCUGAAAUUGGACAUGAGGAGUGAUGGAUAUGUCAAGGUCCAAGACCUGCUAAAGCUAAAACUGAAAACCUUUGCCAAUAUUCCACUACACAUGCAUACAGUUGAUGAUGUUAGAGAGGCUGUCAAAAAGGAUAAUAAACAAAGGUUUAGCCUAUUGGAAGAAAAUGGGGAGCUUCUCAUACGUGCAAAUCAAGGCCACACCAUAGCGACAGUUGAAACGGAGAGCUUGUUGAAACCUAUACUUUCACCUGAAGAAGUACUAGUGUGUGUACAUGGGACCUACAAGAAGAACUUGGAAUCAAUUUUAGAACAUGGUCUCAAAUGCAUGAAGAGAUUACAUGUACAUUUCUCUUGUGGCUUGCCAACAGAUGGUGAAGUUAUUAGUGGGAUGAGACGAGAUGUCAAUUUGUUGAUCUUUCUUGAUGUAAGAAAAGCUAUGGAAGAUGGAAUGAAACUUUACAUUUCCGAUAACAAGGUGAUCUUGACUGAGGGUUUCAAUGGAGUGGUUCCUGUGAAGUAUUUCCGGAAGGUAGAAUUGUGGCCAAAGAGAGAGCUUAUACCAUUUCAGACGGGCAAGUAGAAUUUAUCUUCUCUUUGAAUAUAUCUAUGGCCAUUUGCAUCUUUUAAGGUGGGAUUUCUGUAUCUUUACCAAACAUCAGCAUAGCUUGAUAGGUGUCAUGGAAUGGGACGGAUUUUAUGUUGUAUCUACAUGGAUCAUCUUCUUGAAUAGUGUUAUUCAUCAAAUUGUAAAUGACUAAGUUGGAAUGUAACUUGACUAUGAGAAUAAUUUUGUCCCUUUGAAGCUUUC